AAAGAAAGCAAAAUUUAGGGCAUACGAUUAUUCUGGUCCAAACAUGACCAUGCUACUUGGGUCUUGAGCCUCAUAUCUAGGAUGCGUAUAAAUAUGUGAAGUGGAGUGUGAAGUUCACCACAAUCUUCUCUUCUCUCUCUCUCGCUCACAUAACUAUAAUACUUGAGAGAUGGCAGGCAAGUGUCAUUUGGUGAGUGUUGUGUGGGCAUUAUUGGUAUUGACCAUCUUCCAUAUUCCGAUCAACGUCAAUGCCGGUGAAGGUGUUCCGAUGGUAGCAUUGUUCACUUUUGGAGACUCCUACUACGACGCCGGAAACAAAGUGUAUCUUCUAACCGAGAAAAAGAAUCCUCCACAAACCUUGUGGCCUUACGGCAAAUCCCGCGACGACCCCAACGGCAAAUUCUCCGACGGCCAUAUCGUCCCCGACUUUAUCAGUGACUUCAUGGCCAUUCCGGAUGGAAUCCCGCCGGCGCUUAAACCAGGCGCUAAUCUUUCACGUGGAGCUAGCUUUGCCGUCGCCGAUGCUUCUAUUCUUGGGGCUCCGGCGGAAUCUGUAAGUCUCCUUACACUAAAAAAGCAAGUUUGGAUUUAUUUAGAAGAUAUAGACUUUUUAGGUUUAUUCAAACUAAAUCCAAAAGAUUUAAAACUUCUUUAAAAAAGAGUUAAAAGAAAAGUUCACAAACGAUUUUUAAUGUCUAUCCAGAUGACACUGAAUCAGCAAGUGAACAAAUUCAAAAGUAUGAAAUCAAGUUGGACCGACGACUACAUCGAGCAAUCACUGUUUAUGAUAUACAUUGGUACGGAAGAUUACCUGAACUUCACCAAGAACUAUCCCAACGCAGAUGCUUCUGCUCAGCAAGCUUUUGUCACUUCCGUCAUUAACCGAUUGAAAAACGACAUUAAGUUGUUAUACUCCCUGGGAGCGAGUAAAUUCAUGAUUCAAAUGCUAGCACCAUUGGGUUGCUUACCGAUCGCGAGACAAGAAUAUGCAACCGGCAACGAGUGUUACGAACCCCUCAACGAUUUGGCUAAACAACACAACGCGAAGCUCGGUCCGAUGAUGAACGAGUUUGCUAAAAUACCCCAAGGCAGUUUUCAGUUUACCGUCUUCGACUACUACAACGCUGUUCUCCGUAGGAUUAAGUCGGGCAGGGCUAUUAACUAUCGGUUUUACGUGACGAACUCAUCGUGUUGCGGGGUAGGGACUCACCGAGCGUAUGGUUGUGGAAUGGUUAACGUGCACUCCAAGCUAUGUGAGUACCAAAGGUCCUACUUCUUCUUUGACGGACGUCACAACUCAGAGAAGGCGCAAGAGGAACUUGCUAAUCUUAUGUAUGGAGCCGAUCCUAACGUGGUUCAGCCGAUGACCGUACGUGAGCUAAUCGUCUAUCCGGUUAAGGAGAAUAUGCGUGAGUUUUGGGAAGCCAACAAGCGCUUCAUUCGUCGUCGUCCGUAUCGUGUCCCUUACCUCGAUUUAGCAGCUUAUUAUUAGCUGGAUGAAUCAUGAGCUGAAUCUUUCUUUACAAUAUUUAUGAUGAGCCUACUAUUUCCCUUCUUUGUAUGGAUGUCGUAACUGCCGUUGCGUGGUAUUUCUGUUUAUGCUGUCGAAUAAAUUGCGUUGGAAUGUCUUCAUGUAAUGUGUUUCGUAAUCUAUGGAAAUUGAAAUAAAAUAAUAUAUUAUAAAUUGUGUUUCUACAGCGUUUAUUAAUUAAGUGUGUAGAUAGGGCAUUCAUAGAUAGUGUAUU